AUAGCAACGAGGCGACUUCCGACUCAUGUCUGCCUACACUUACACACUGAUUGUACUCCUUUCUUAUGCUGAUUUAUUCGAUUGCUAAAUAAUUGUGCUCUAAACACUAAAAUGAGCAGGGAGACCAAUUUAAGAUAUGAGCAACCGCACAAGCCUAGCAAACUUUAUUUAGAGUAUAUGAAAAAUAUUAAGGUAAUAUUAUACUUGAUCUGCUUUUUAAGUUAUAACUGAUUAGUAGUAUUAGCUACCAGAUUGAAAAACCCGCUGUGCCCGAAUUAAAUUUAGGCCACAUUUGAUAAUUUUAGGUGUAUGUACGAAUUCAGCUGCAGUUUUAUUAACCCAAACCAUAUAACUAGCCCUAGAGCCGCAAGUAAAAACUAUGGAAUGUACACACGCUGACAAGAAAACAAUGAAAAUGAACAAAAAAACAAUAAAAAAAUGGCAAAAAAAUAAAGAAAAAAAUGGCAAAAAAUAAUUAUAAAAUAAAGAAAUAAUGAAAACCUAACUUACAGUUUCAUAGAAUUCACUUUUACACACUUUAUUUCAGGUUCCUUCGAAAAUAAUAUCCAGAAAAUUAAUAAAACACUAUGGCGUCAAUAACACAUUUUUUAAGAUGGCGGAACACAUAAAACUAUUAUUAUUAUAAUUAGCCAACAAAUGAAGUUUGAAAAUUAUAAUUAAUCAACCAAUAAAAAUUUAAUUAAAACAUGCCAUCGUCAUAUUAAUGAAAAUGUAACUCUAUUAAAAAAAAAUAAGGGGAGUGGAUCCAAAACAGCAACUUAAAAAAACACGCAAAUGACAUCAUGGCAUUAGGUAAAUGUGAAGAGAUGUAGCCGUGACGUAUUACAAGGCCGCCGUCUUGGUUGCCGCGACCCGUGAACUUGCAUAAUUGUUUAAAAUUAUAGAUAGAUUUUAAAAAAAAAUAGACUAAAAAAGUAAUAGUAAGAGAUAGCCAUAAUAUUUCUAUUAGUAUUAGUCACAUAGUAACUUAAUAGUUAUAGUUUAAUAAUUAAUUGAUACUUAUUCAAAAUUAUUCUAUGUCUAUGCAUUACAAUGAAUGUAUACUGUAUACCCGAUAGUAAACAUACCAUAAUAUUAAAUGGACACAGUUAUUAUUAAUAAUUUAAUUGAAAUCAUGAUUUAUAAAUUGAUAAUAAUAGAAAUGGCAGACUUCACCUAAAUUUAAUUUUAAAGUUUGAAAACAGGACUUAAAAUUAUGCCAGAGAAUGUGGAUGGCAGUAGGUUGAUCACCAUUGGUUAGUGCUUGAGUUCUGCAAUUGGGUGAGCACCCACAUUUUUUUGGCAUGACUUGACCCCUGCUAUUAGCGUAUCUAUGAGGCAAAGAGGGACCCUUGGUUGGAAAUUUUAAUGUAUAUAAUAAAAAACUAUUUAAUAGAUUUGUGUGUGUGGAGCGAUUACAAAAUUUUAGGAGUUCGCAGGGAUUCUAUAUAGUCAGGAUUUGCAACUUGAUAUCAUGCAAGAUCUGUAAAGCCACAUCAUGGUCGGUUAUUUGGGAAGAGAUUGACUACAAACUUUCUGUUCUCGGCCACAAUUUUUUCCAGAAUUCCUGCCUUUCCUAUCUAACCGAACUUCUCUCUGUCUAUUCACCCCUUCGAUUGCUUUGCUCCUCUUUCUGUACCCAAGACUUGCACAAAAACAUAUGGUGAACGAUCUUUCUCUUUCUGUGCCCCAAAACAAUGGAAUUCUCUUCCAUUACAUAUUCGCAAUAUACCAACCAUCACAGCCUUCAAAACUGCACUCAAAACACAUCUCUUUAAACUCUACUAUCCUGACUGAUCCCCCCUCUGACCAAUAAACAAUGCUGGUGGGUAGCCGUCCAUGGCUGGACAUGUAAAUAGUUAUUGAAUGUGUGGCAUGAAUAUACAUUUGUUUUGUUUUAUUUAAUUAAUGUAUGUUAAUUUUUAAGUUCAUGAUUAUGUUUGUGAAUUGUACUGCUUUGUGAGCCCAGCCCUUUUAUUGAUGAGUUUGGGUUACCAUGCUAUACUAUAUAAAAACACCAAUAAUAAUAAUAUUAAAAUACUGUUCAUCUCUAAUAUAUAUUAUGCUUCUGGUGUGACUGGUGGACUGCUUCCUUUUCGGGCUGCUUCCUAACAAGCUGGCUGCUUCCUAUUCAGUGUAUUUGGUAUUGAAAUUAUAUUAAAAAUAAUUCUAUAUGUUUGAAAGAAAGUAUGGUUCAAUUAUGAGUUCACUAGCGCGCAAAAUGUAAUUCCGAAUAACUACGCUAAAUGAUAUAAUUUAUAUUUUUUGAUAACGAAACUGCAUUUAGUGUGUAAUAUUUUCUUUUCGGAAAAUGAAAUAGUCUCAAGUUAAGUAUGGUGUUUAAAAUAUUUGGUUUAAAAGUUAUUGGGACAUCAGAAUAUUUAAUAUAGUUCAUGGAUGUGAAAUAAAAAUUGUGCAGUGAUGUAUCAUGAGGGGAAGGGGUGUAUCUAAAUUGGGAUCCUUAAAUGUGCAUUAUUUGAGUUAAUGUUUUGUGAAGUAACUUUAGUAGAUGGGAAGUUGCUAUUACCAAUGUUUUGUGGGCUAUAUCUAGUACUUCUGUAUUUCUUUCUUGACAAAUAUGUUUAUUUCUUUUGUCAAUUUUCUCAUAAAAGCUUAUAAAUGGGAAUUUCUUUUUUAGUCAUGAGAAGCUUACUGAUUUAAAAUUAUGGCUAAUUACUUCUAAUCUCUCAUAGGAACUGGAUUGGAGUUAAAAGUUGCAUGCAUAACAUUUUAACCUGGUCUCAUAUCCAGUUAGACCUCAAAUUAACACAUGCACUUAUUAAUAAAGUAAUGCAUGUUGCACAUUACCAGCUUACAACUUGUCCAGUCUUUACAGGUAGAAUUUUAGCUUCAUUACUGGUACAUCAAUCAUGGAAUUUGACACCAAAAAAAUUCUGAUGUUAACAAUGUGUACAAGACUUUCUAAUAAUAAAAAAAAAUUGUUUAAAAAUAGGGCAAAAUAUCAAAUCAGCCAGGACACUGGGAGAAUGUUGCAAAAUCGGUUGUUAAGGCAUUUAUUGGACACUUUGGACAAAUGUGGAAAUCAAUUUUUGUCAUAAUCAUGAUAUUUAAUUGAUGUUAAGAAAUUGGACAAUUAGGCCUAUAUUCAAUGAAAUUAGCUGUAUGGAAGUGCUGUCCAACGAGUUUCAGUUAACAAGGGCACAAUUUUUAUAGCCAAGGAGUCAAAGGUUCUUUUAUAAUGAUUGAAUACUUGAAUGUAAUGUAAAUACAACUUAGUCUCACCCAAAGAUGUUGUCACACACUUGGUGACUGGGGGUGGAGGGUGGGGGUGGGGGUGGGAGCUCGAUGAGUCACAUAUUUAUGACAAGGGUAUCAAAUUCUUUGAUGAUUUUUGACAAUAAAAAAAUCUGCCAAGCAGUGUGAUGUCAUCUAAGGAUGGCCCGUUUUUAAAUUAUAGCUUGUGGAGUGUGGUUAUCAUGAUAAAAAAAACAAGGAAGCUUAACCCUAAAUAGUGACUUAGAACCAAAAAAUUUCACUUUUAAAGAUACAAAUUUAAGGUAUUGAGACAUUUGACACUGUAUGUUGACUGCCAGUUUAGUAAAUAGUGGUGGUUAACUAGAAUGGGCUGUACUUAGAACAUCAUCUAGAUGUGAGUGUGAGUCUGUCAAAAAACCAUUUUUAUUAUUUUUUUGUUGAUGAACCAGAACAUGAAAUAUCUUCAGAGCAACAGUAGCAUCAUUUGGUAUUGCCACUGCUCAGAAACAAAAAUCUGUAAAAAACACAACAUCGCGUUCUCUCUCAGGUAUGCAGAUUGAGUUUGCUCAAACAGUGCGAAACCUGGGUGUCUAUUUAGACAGAACACUAACUAUGGAAAAUCACAUUAAAUGCUUUGCAAGGUGAUUUUUCUGAUUAGUCAUAUCAGACCUUUCUUAACGUUAGAUGCAUCAAAGAGGCUGAUGUCUGCAUUUGUGUUAUCACGCAUGGACUACUGCAAUGCUCUCAUAGUGGGUACCAGCUACGCUCCUGGAUAAAAUUCAAAGAGCACAGAAUAAUGCGGCUCACAUUGUUCUUCGCAAACGCUAAUUCUACCAUGCUAAAACCUUUCUGAGAUAGCCGGACUGGCUGCCGGUCCGCGCUCGCAUAGAGUACAAAAUUGCAACUUUGUGCUACCGCUGCUUACAUGACCUGGCGCCGUCCUAUCUCAAAGCACUCAUGACGCCUAUGUACCCACUAGACAGGUCUGCUCAUCCGAUAGUGGCAAAAUAUCGAUACCGUGUGUUCGCCUCGAGACUUCCGGUAAGCGCACUUUUGCAUUUUCCGGCCCAACAAUUUGGAACGCCCUUCCAGUCGCUCUCAGAAAUAGCCAGACACUGGAGUCCUUUAAAACCGAUUUAAAAACACAUAUAUUUGGCAAACACCUGCUGGGGUGAUGCUAUCUACCAUCUUUUUCAGUUAAUGUAUGUUGGCUUGUGUUGCUUAUUGUUGAAAUGGGAUGAAAGACUUUGACUUGGUAUGCUUGUAUGUAGUUUUAUAUUGUUGCGUCUGUUUUUUAAAUGUGGUAAAUUUUAGAUUGUUUUUUAUUUCUCUUUUUAAUAUGGUUGACUUUGUACCGCGCUUCGAGCUUUUGGAGAUGAAGCGUGUUCUUCAAAUAAACUUUAUUAUUAUUAUUAUUUAUACUUGUCCACCAGCUUCUAGAAGUUACCACACAUCAUUCAUGCAUUUAUUUUAAUUCUAAAAGAUUAUCAUAUGAAAAUUCCAAGUAUUGACAUGAUUAGAGGGAAAAAUUGAACUUAUUUUAAAUUGUCGAAUGUUUUUUAAAAUACAUUUACAGAAAUUAUUGCCAACUUUUGAUAAUGACCACUAACUCAAAGCAGGGUUGGCUCUGAAUUCAUUAAAAAAGAAUGGGAGCAGUAGAAUGGGUUCAAAACAAAAGGAAUUUGCAACGUCAAGAAGGAAAAUUCUUGGGAGAAUGACAAAUAAAUAUAGAAUAUCCUCUAAUCAAGUUUUUAUUUUUUCUUCUACUACUGAUCAAUCUUAUAGAGCAAAAUAGGGCACCAGGAAAGUAAACGAUUGGUUUCACGUUUAGUAGUUGCUGAUUUUGUCACCUACCUCAUCAAAUUUAAUUGAAAGCUUAUAUCAGCAGGAAAGAAAAAAACAAUGAUUAAAUGGAGAGGCCAUGGGACCUCUCCUUUUCCUUUCACCACAUUUUGCUCUUAACACUUUCCAUUACCAGGGGAGAUCAUCAUAGUAAAACUAAGUUCAAGCUAUUCAUUUGAAGCGGUUGUGAAAGUUGUAUUGUGUUAUUGGUAAUUCAUUGCAAGACUUUUACAACUAGUAAUUAAAUAAAUCAUGAUUCCAUGUUUUAAAAAAUAUUCAUGCAUUUCUCAGGAACUGGAAUAUCUUGACAGUCAUAAUAAUACACAGAAGCAGUAAGUAGCUAAUAAAUUGUAUCCUUUUUAAAAAGUUUUAUGUUCAGGCAAGUUACGUAGUGCCUUGUGAGUUUUUAUAAAUUACCAUUAUCAUUUUAAAAUAAUGUACAUUAUUUCUAUUAAUUUUUAAAAUAUAUUUAAUUAAUUACUUAGAACAGAUCAGAAACAAGUUUUUGAACAGUGGCUUGAAGAGAGUAACAAAAAACAGAAGGCUAAACAGCUUGCUACUGAUAAGAGAAAUGUCCUAGCAGAACUGAAGCUGGUAGCCAAGGCUAAUUUGCUGGUAACUUUAUUAUUUCAGGACAAAUUAAUUUUUUGUCAUUGUUAUAAACAAAAUAAAAUCCACAUUUUAAUUACUCAAAAGAUAGAUGGUACAUGUUUAUAUUUAAAUUUUGACUAACCAUUAUCAUUCCUUUUUCUAAAUUUCUUGGUUAAUAAUAAAUAAUUAAACAAAAAUCACAGCACGUAGUAGGCAAUGAAAUUUGUUAAGACUUAUUGAAAAAGAGUGCAAUAGAAUGACAUGUGAAGAAAUAGAUUACAAUAGCUACUUGAUAAUUGAGUGCAUUUAUCUUAAGAUAAAAGUUGUUUAUUACUUUUUUAAAAGUUUUAUUUGUAAAUAAAUUAAUUUUAUGUUUAAAAUAAUCGGUAGAUCUUGUGUUUCUUGUACCAUGGCAUCAUUUUUUUCCCCUCCCCAGUAACAAUUUGAAAAGGUAGAAAUAUUAUCAGCUGUCACAAGUUCCAGAACUUACUUAAGUGUGGGGCCUGCCAGCUGUUAGUUUUCAUGUGUUUUAAAAAUAUCUGGACAUGGGUAUGGGUGCUUGAUUAAUAAAUUGUUUUUUAAAGAAAUACUACUUCACUUAAACUUUUUCUCUACACCAGGUACGCAAAAGGGCUUUAGCACUGAGGAUUGAAUCUGAUCAAAAACAGUUUGAAGCUGAACUUGCUCAGAUGGGAAAGGCUUUUCACAAGCAACGUUUAUAAUUUGUGUUUAUGAGCAGCAUUGAAAUUAACAAAAAAACACAAUUUAUUUGUUAGUUGUGUCAAGCUAUGAUACCUUUUGACGUAUUUAUUUAAGAAAUAUGUGAAUAAAAAUAAGAAUAAUUUUAAGUGCAAUUUGUAAAUAAUGUGAGCUUGCUAUUAUGAUGGGACCAAUGAAAUAUAUUUAUUAUGGUAACAUUUAUAAACAGUGAUCAUCAAUUCAAUAUAUAAAAUAUUAUGUUAGUUAUUCCUUCAUUGGUGUUGUGUGAGGAAAAGUUUUUGAAUUAUUUAGAAAAUCUUAUACCUCAAUCAAAAAAUUUAAAUUCAACUUUGAUAAACAGGUUUAUAAAACUUGUACCUAAUAUAUAUUAAUAAAUUACCACAUCAAUAUCUUCAUCUGUGUUUGAUUAUCAAUUUUACAACUUUAUCAACUUAUUGUUUUUUAAAUAUAAUAACUCAUUAACAGUUCUACAUUAUCUAUGAAAGUAAAACAAAAUAAACAUUCAUAAAAUGGAACAUAUUUUAUUCAUACACUAUACCAUUCCUUGACCCAUACAACAGAAUUCAAUCUUUUAUAUAACAUCUUUUAACAAAGCAUUGCAAUCAUCUUUCACACAUAUAGAGAACAUGUCACUAAAAUGAGUAGAGUGAGUGACCACACAAAUUAUUAUUUACAGAAUACAUGUAGUGUCAUAAGGUUUGAACGAAAACAUUACUGUGAUCAAUCUGCAACACUUACAUUAACCAGUGGCAUACUAUUUUAAGUUUGGAGAUUUUUUAUGCUCAUUUUCAAGACUCAUCAAUUCAUGAAUAUUUAAUUGACUUGCAGAGUAAGAAAACAAUGAUUUUAAUUGUUCAAAUAAGAGAUGAAAUAAAAAUAUAUUAUAAAUUUACAAAUAAAAAUGUUGAUUUACCUGUCAAAAUAAUUUAAAAUUUUAUUUUACAUUUGUAAAUUACAAUAUCCAGACUCUUCUCAUAAUACAUUAUCAAAUAAAGAACCAAUAGGCAAAAUAAUCAGUUUUUCAAUGCCAUUUUGAUUUAUUUGAUAACAUUUAUUUAAAUUCAUUAAGUUUAAGUUUUGAGAUAAAUUAAAUAUUUCACAAAUCUAAAGAAACUGAAUCAAAGUAGAUUUUGCAACCUAAAAUCAAAAAGUAUUAUUUCAAAUUUAGAAUAAUUAGCAUGGUAUUUAAAUGAAAAACAAACUCCUUGUAAAAAAUAUAAAAUUGAAUCAAUCCAUACAGAUGUUCAACUAAAAAAAUACCUUACUUUAUGCAGCACAAAUCAAAUAAUACUAAUCACUCAAGGGUCAUCUCAUGAUAUAAUAAAAUUCUUUAAUCUUUUAAGAGAAAAAUAUGUGACUGCAGAAUAAAGCCGUAAUCACAAGAGAACUAAAAAAUGAAUUUUAAAAAAUACAAUUCAGUCUAUUUAUGAUUGGUCUUAAUUAUUAGAUCUAGAUUAGUUAUUUGAUUGAAUCUUUACAUUUUUUUCUCCUCAAAGAACAAGUUUAAUAGGGAAUCAUCGCUUGACCAUCCAAUAUGUUUAUUUAGUUUUGUUCAGAUGUAAGGUUUAUAUCUGAAUUCGGGCCAAUGGUUACAAAACAUUUCUUUAGAUUUUAUUGUUCGGAUCAAAUAUAAAAAAAAACUCUGUUCAUUUGUCUCAAAAAGUGCUGUCAGAUCUGGUUUUAGUCACAUUUUAAUGUAUUUAAAUAAACUUUCAGAGGAAUAAAAUAAAAACCAUAUGAACAGGAAUAAACAGAAACAAACUAAAAAUAACUCAUACAACUGCAACUAAUUCAAGUUGUGGGUUAUCAUUUUUCCCCAAGUCUGGCAAUUAAUACAUUGAUUGCACACCUAAUAAAGGAGUCUAAUUAAUAAUACAGUUGGAUUCAUUUUCAUCUCAGUUGCAACAGUUUGGAAAUACUUGAACUAUUAGAAGUUCAUCCUUCAGUACAGUUUGAUUAAAAAAUUUUCUCCAGAUGUAGUUAGUAAUAGUGUGAUAAUUAAGAUUGAGUUUAAUUUCUGAGGAUUUUUGUUUGUUUGAAUUGUUUUGAACGAAUUUGUUUUUAUUAUAAAAAAAAAUGGAAAUAGUUUCAAUGGAUAUGUGAAUUUGUUCAAAAGUGUGCAUACCACAUAAUUCUGUGGUGCAUAAUACCAAGAUGAUUAUAAGAUGUAAAAGAAUUUAAAUAUUCUGUCUCUUGGAUAGGGUGCUUCAGUUUCUAAAAAUAGAGCGCUUUGUUUCCAACAUUGAGAUUUUCUAAUAAAUAAGUAUUUGAAAUCAUUUCUAGUUCUUUGUUUUUCUUGUUUUGUCUUGCCUGCUGAAGGAGGCAUCUAGCCAAAAUGUACUUUUAAUUUUAAUUAUCCUGUCUUUUCAUUUCAAGGCAAAACAUAUCUUGUUCCACUUUUACCCUCAAACAUAUUUUCCUUGCAUGGUUUGAAAACAGUCCCACAUUAACUAUCCUUCAAAAAAUUAUUAAGCAGAAAAUAAUUAAAAAUUUUGUACUCAACAAAAUGACCUAUUUCAUUAUAAGUAAACUCCAUUAAAUACUUUUCUGAUCAAUUCAUACAACCACAUCACAAUACUGUUAAAUACAUAGUAUUCUUUGUAUGCAACAUCAUAGAAAAAAUAAUGUUUAAUAAAAUAAAGCCUAUAUUAAAACUAUUGGAAAAAAAUAUAUGAUUAGGAACAACAAUAAAAGUUUAAAAUAGAAUAAAAAUGUAUGAAUAGAUUCUCUAGUCUCAAGCAAUUAUAUAUGUAUUAAAAGCUAUUUAUGUAUAGCAUUUUCCUUUCAUCUUACACACAGCCAUAUUACUUUUACAGGCUAAAAAUUUAUCAGGAAAAUAACAAAUAUUUUGAAAUACUUAUUAUUUGUAUAUUUCCCAACAUGAAAUAGAAUAUACAUUUAGCAUAUUUUUAUGACUCUCAAACAUUUUAAAACAAAUAAUAAUUAUGU